UUAACACGCCUUUCCGAGGCGAAGCAGGUUUCGCUGUUUGUUGGCCGCGCGUUAGGUUUACCCACGUACAGAGUGGUCGACAGGGAAGAAUGAAGCUCCAAGGCCCUUACCAGUGAAGAGAGAUCGGUUUGCAUGCCAAUACGCGAUCCGCUCUCCGUCGCGACUCGUACACUGUCACCAGAAGCUAUUGGUCCUCCAAUAUCCUGGAGGCCAGUGGUGUCAGUGACACCAGAGAAUAAUACGAGCUGCUAGCGUGAAGAAGUGCAGUGGAGUUGGCUUAGGCCAACGUCGGUGGACGAGGCAAAAUGGCAACGAUAGAUGGCCGACCCGCCCAAUAUGGUAUCACUCUCAAGCAACUUCGCGAGCUCAUGGAGCACCGAGGACGCGAAGGUGUCAAUAAAAUCAAUAGCCAUGGUGGUGUGCAGGAAAUUUGUAAAAAAUUAUACACUUCACCCAGCGAAGGUCUCAGUGGAUCAGCGGCAGAUAUCCAACAUAGACGUGACACAUUUGGUUCGAAUCUAAUACCACCAAAACCACCAAAAACGUUUCUACAAUUAGUGUGGGAAGCUUUGCAAGAUGUUACGUUAAUCAUCUUGGAAGUAGCUGCAUUGGUUUCGUUAGGUCUUAGUUUUUAUCACCCAGCAGACGACGAGGAAGAACCUGGUUCAUCGAUGGAAGAAGAUGAAGCCAAGUAUGGUUGGAUCGAGGGGCUUGCUAUAUUAAUUUCUGUGAUCGUGGUGGUAUUAGUAACAGCUUUCAAUGAUUACUCUAAGGAAAGACAAUUUAGGGGCCUCCAGAGUCGGAUAGAAGGGGAACAUAAAUUCUCGGUUAUUCGGCAAGGCGAGGUCAAACAGAUCUCCGUGUCUGACAUAGUUGUCGGUGACAUUUGUCAGAUAAAGUAUGGAGACCUGCUGCCAGCAGAUGGUGUUCUUAUACAAAGCAACGAUCUCAAAGUGGAUGAGUCCAGCUUAACCGGCGAGUCAGACCAUGUUAAAAAGGGGGAAUCGUUCGAUCCCAUGGUACUCUCAGGUACUCACGUGAUGGAGGGUUCCGGGAAAAUGUUAGUUACCGCAGUAGGUGUUAAUUCCCAGGCUGGUAUUAUCUUUACUUUGUUGGGUGCCGCUGUUGAUCACCAGGAACAAGAGAUUAAGAAGAUGAAGAAAGAGGCUAAGAAGCAGCGGAAGAAGAAGUCGUUAACAGGAGACGAGGCUGGAGAAAUAACUGGAAACAGUCACGUGAGCGGAGGAGCCAAGCACGAGGCAGGGGAGAAUCAUCAAGCAGCCAGCCAAGGGAGCGGAGGAGAAGGAAAGAAGGAGAAGAGUGUUCUUCAAGCUAAGCUAACUAAACUCGCCAUACAAAUCGGUUACGCCGGCUCGACCAUAGCAGUGCUUACCGUUGUCAUUCUAGUCAUUCAGUUCUGCGUAACGACGUUCGUCAUUGAGGGAAAACCUUGGAAAAAUACAUACGCUGGUGAUCUAGUAAGGCAUUUGAUCAUUGGUGUAACGGUACUCGUGGUCGCCGUUCCCGAAGGUCUUCCUCUAGCUGUCACCUUAUCUCUUGCUUAUUCCGUUAAGAAAAUGAUGAAAGACAACAACUUGGUCCGUCACUUGGACGCUUGUGAAACGAUGGGCAACGCUACAGCGAUCUGUUCGGACAAAACUGGUACCCUGACAACCAACCGUAUGACCGUUGUUCAGUCGUACAUAUGCGAGAAGAUGAGCAAGACGAUCCCGAAGUUCUCGGACUUACCGAACCACGUUGGAAACUAUAUAAUACAAGCUAUAUCUAUUAAUUCGGCGUACACAUCCAGAAUAAUGCCCACGCAAGACCCUACAGAGUUGCCGCUUCAAGUCGGCAAUAAAACCGAAUGUGCCUUACUUGGAUUCGUAGUAGCCCUGGGCAUGAACUAUCAGACGAUACGAGACGAUCAACCUGAGGAAACCUUCACGCGGGUGUACACGUUCAAUAGCGUUAGGAAGAGCAUGUCUACCGUCAUUCCGAGGAAGGGUGGUGGAUACAGGCUUUUCACCAAGGGCGCUUCCGAGAUCAUCAUGAAGAAAUGUGCCUUUAUAUAUGGUCGCGAAGGUCAUUUGGAGAAAUUUACCAAAGAGAUGCAAGAGCGUUUGGUAAAGAACGUAAUCGAACCAAUGGCGUGCGACGGGCUUCGUACCAUCUCCAUUGCUUAUCGCGACUUUGUUCCUGGCAAGGCAGAGAUCAAUCAAGUUCACAUCGACAACGAGCCGAAUUGGGACGACGAGGAGAACAUUGUGAAUAACCUGACGUGUCUUUGCAUCGUCGGUAUCGAGGAUCCGGUUCGUCCGGAGGUGCCGGACGCGAUCAGAAAGUGCCAGAAGGCGGGCAUCACCGUGCGAAUGGUGACGGGAGACAAUAUUAAUACCGCGCGCUCGAUCGCCCUGAAAUGCGGUAUAUUGAAGCCGAACGAGGACUUUCUGAUCCUCGAGGGGAAAGAGUUCAACAGGAGGAUCAGGGACAGCAACGGGGAGGUGCAGCAGCAUCUGUUGGACAAAGUGUGGCCCAAGUUGAGGGUGUUGGCCAGGUCGUCGCCCACGGACAAGUACACGCUGGUGAAGGGCAUAAUCGACAGUCAGGCGAGCGUGAGCCGCGAGGUGGUAGCCGUGACCGGCGACGGGACGAACGACGGGCCGGCUCUGAAGAAGGCCGACGUCGGUUUCGCUAUGGGUAUCGCCGGUACAGAUGUCGCCAAGGAAGCUUCCGAUAUCAUUUUAACGGACGAUAAUUUCUCUUCGAUCGUGAAGGCAGUUAUGUGGGGUAGAAACGUCUACGAUAGUAUAGCAAAGUUCUUGCAGUUUCAGCUGACCGUCAAUGUCGUCGCUGUUAUAGUUGCUUUUAUCGGAGCAUGUGCAGUGCAAGAUUCCCCCCUUAAAGCAGUGCAGAUGUUGUGGGUGAACCUAAUCAUGGACACGUUAGCGUCUCUCGCUUUGGCCACCGAAAUGCCUACGCCUGAUCUUCUACUUCGCAGACCGUACGGUCGCACGAAACCGCUUAUCUCCAGGACAAUGAUGAAGAACAUCCUUGGCCAGGCCGUCUAUCAGUUGACCGUUAUUUUUAUGCUUCUUUUCCUUGGUGAUAAGAUGCUCGACAUCGAAACGGGCCGAGGGGUAGCGCAGGCUGGCGGCGGUCCAACGCAGCACUUCACCGUCAUCUUCAACACGUUCGUCAUGAUGACUCUUUUCAACGAAUUCAACGCCAGGAAAAUCCACGGUCAGCGUAAUGUCUUCCAAGGAAUAUUCACCAACCCCAUCUUUUAUUCCAUCUGGAUCGGCACGUGUCUAUCGCAGGUAGUUAUCAUACAAUACGGUAAAAUGGCGUUCAGCACGAAAGCUCUCACUUUAGAACAAUGGAUGUGGUGCCUGUUCUUCGGAGUCGGCACUCUAUUGUGGGGCCAAGUAGUUACGACUAUUCCUACGCGCAAGAUUCCUAAAAUCCUUUCAUGGGGCCGCGGCCAGCCGGAUGAUAUCGGUGCGAUCAAUCUCGGAGAUGAGAAAUUCGACCCCGACUCGGAUAAAAAGCCGCGCAAAGGACAAAUUCUAUGGCUCCGUGGUCUAACACGACUACAGACACAGGCCGAAAGGAAAAUGGACGUCCGUGUUCCGAGCAACUUCUUAGGUACCAGCGUUCCCUUUAUUCGCUUUUAUCAUCCAACGUGUACCUACUUAACUAAUUAUACAUAUAUGGAACGCUUUGUACCUAAAAAGUUCACCGUUUUAUUAAACAUAACGUUAACGAUACCACUUAAAGUUGUCCGCUGUAUACGCAUACGUACACACGAACACACACACAUACUUACACUGAUCGAAAAGCAUCUCUGUGGUCUCCAUUUGCUUGGCUUUCAAUUAGACUCUCUAUAGCACAAAUUUCCGUCGUUGGGAACAGAACAUUUCUUUCGGACGACGACGCGCUUAAAGAUUUAUCUUUCUGCGAUAUUCUCAGGUUUAUCUGCUCUUUUAGUGUUUUCGACGCUUCUUUACCGACCGUUUCUAGUUAUCGACCGUUCCCAAUUAUCGACAGUCGAAAGUGUAAUCGCGAGCUCGAUUCGUUGUUCGCUGCUCGCGUGGCGUGGAAAUCGUUUUAUAUUUUUCACGGAGGAAUGUCUCGUAGAAACGGCGUUGAGAGCUCUCCAUGCCGCGCGAACGAGCGAACACGCAUUUUUAAGGGGACUUUUCAGGGGCACUGUUACCGACUGAACACCAUAUAGCACGUAGCUUUUUCCGAUUUACUCUUCUCUUCACGCUCUCGCAUGUGUUCGACUAUGGCUGGCUCGUUGGGACGAUUAUUCCGCGAGCGACAUGAAAUUAUUUAAGUAGUACAUUUCAUUCCCUCUCAGAUUUAUUUAACAUGUUUCUAUAUAAUAUAUAUGUCGAGAAAUGUUUUCACGAGAUUUGUCGAGGGAAUCGAAGCGAAUCGUACGCUGUAAAUUAUUUGUAGUUGAACCAACCUUGUAGAGUUUUAAUUAUAUUAAAUAUUUAUGAUUAUAUUAUAUAAUUAAUUAAAUAUUAAUAAUUAUACAGGGUGUCCCAAAAAUGUUGCAACACAUUGAAAGAAGUGGUUCGGGAGGUGAUUUGAAACAACUUUUUCCUUAGCGAAAUUGUUAUACGAGGCUUCGUUAAGGAGAUAUUAACGAAAAACUCCGGACCAAUCAGAGUGCGCGUAUACCGUUGGAGCGCCCGCUGAUUGGUCGGGGUUUUUUGUUAAUAUCUCCUCAACGAAGACUCGGACAAUAUUUUCGCUAAGGAAAAAGUUGCUCCAAAUCACCUCCACUCUGUAUAUACAGGGUGUCCCAAAAACGUUGUAACACCUUGAAAGAGGUGGUUCGGGAGGUGAUUUGAAACAACUUUCUCCUUAGCGAAAAUGUCAUCCGAGGCUUCGUUGAGAAGAUAUUAACGGAAAACACUGACCAAUCAGAGCGCGAGGAUGCAGGUGGAGCGCCAGCAGUAGGCGUGGCUACGCGCUAGGCGGCCGCGCUCAUACGCUACCGCGGUCGCUCCAACGGUAUACGCGCACUCUGAUUGGUCCGGAGUUUUUCGUUAAUAUCUCCCCAACGAAGCCUCGGACAACAUUUUCGCUAAGGAAAGAGUUGUUUCAAAUCACCCCCCGAAUCACCUCUUUCAAUGUGUUACAACAUUUUUGAGACACCCUGUAUUAUAUAAUUAAUUAAAUAUUUAUAAUUUAUAAUUAUUUUAAUUAUACGAAAUAUAAUGUAGCGUUUAUCGUAUACGCGAUAAAGGCUCGAAUUAUUCGUUCCAUACAAUUUGAACCUAAAAAAGUUGAUUCCUAGCGCCAGCCCUGGUCGUGCACCCUGUGCAUCUCAACUUAUUCUUACAUUUAUCCCCGUGUGCCGCUCUCGCUCGUAAAUCGAUUUGUAUCGAAACCCCCCCGGCCCGUUCGGUCGAAUUACGAUUAAUUAUAUAAGCGAGUCGCGCACAGCUUUUGCACUCGUGUUUUACUUACCGUUGACUCUUACUACUGGUGCACCACGCCUCUGUCUGACUAUACCUUGACUCGUACCACGUGCUGGUAUUCUACUUUACCGGUCGACUUUAUAGACCUCGAACGACACUUCCUACCGAAAACCAUGGACGAUUCACUUAGGAGACAUCCUAUUUACAGAAUAUUCCACCUUCCUUACGCUUUAACCAGUGUUUCGCGACACGUUUCGCAGACUAUUCUAUUCGCAGAAUAUUCUAUUACACCACCGUAAUGAGACGCUGUACUUGAUCUCGUGGAUCAUUGUGCACUGCGAGAUCUAUUCGUAGGGGUGGGCUUUCCUGUGAAUUCGACACCAAACAAUUUUUAUAUAUAUAUAUAUAUAAUAUAUAAUAUAUAAUAUAAUAUAUAAUAUUAUAUAUAUAUAUAUCUUUCAUUUCUUUUCAAUUCGCUUACCACUUUAAUCCGUUCGCUCGAGUAGUUACCGACCGAACAGCGAACGAUCGAGGAAUCUACCUUAUCGUCCAUCGAUGUGCGUCGAACGAUCAAUUUCGAAUAAUUCCCGCGUUCUCUCGACGACUUCGAAGUGGCUGGGGAAA